UGUACCUAUAAUAUGUGCCACUCUGUAUGAACCAGUUUGGGAUUGUUCAAUGGCGCCACUCUGUACUUUGUAGGAUUAAAUUCUGAUACAAGUUCAUUGUAUUAAUUGAUAAUGAUAUACUUAUAGAAGGGGAAGGUCGUUUAGCUAGGCGAUUAAAGGUUAACUAUAUCAGUAUACACAAUUUGAUAAGACUGAUUAGUAAGUAAACCUACUGGUCGUUAGAAAUAUUAUAAAUAGACUGCGACCACUUAGUGAUCUGUGACAAGCCAAAGUAUCUAGUUUGGUUGAUUAUUGAAGAAGAGUGAUUUGUUUGUCUUGAAAAAUGUCGUACAACGUCAAGGUCCAAAGAGUUUUGGUAGCAGAUGCAGUAGAUGCAUCUUGUGUUGACUUGUUGAAGAAAAAUGGGAUAGAAGUUGAUUGUAAAUACAAGUUACCCAAAGAUCAACUCAUUGUGGAAAUACCGAAAUAUGAUGCUCUAAUAGUAAGAUCAGACACAAAAGUCACAGCCGAUGUUAUUGAAGCUGGAAAAAAAUUGAAAGUAAUUGGAAGGGCUGGAGCAGGUGUAGAUAAUAUUGAUAUCAAUGCUGCUACAUCAAAAAAUAUACUCGUCCUCAACACUCCUGGGGGUAAUGCAAUCAGUGCCUGCGAACUGACCUGUUCCCUUAUAACAACCCUAGCCAGAAAUGUGGUGCCAGGGGCGGCAUCGCUCAAAGCGGGACGAUGGGACAGAAAACUGUACUCUGGACACGAAUUAUACGGAAAGACUUUGGCCAUUUUAGGACUAGGCAGGAUAGGAAGGGAAGUUGCUAUUAGGAUGCAAGCAUGGGGUAUGAAAACUAUUGGGUAUGAUCCAAUUGUACCUGCAGAAGAUGCACGGAAAUUCAAUGUUGAAGCUUUGACCCUAGAACAAAUUUGGCCCCAAGCUGACUACAUCACAGUUCACACUCCACUUAUCCCUGAAACUAGAAACUUGAUAUGCGAAGCAGUAUUAAACAAAUGCCGCAAAGGCGUCCGCAUAGUGAACGUAGCUAGAGGAGGCAUCAUCAACGAGGUCGAUUUGCUCAAUGCGCUCAAAUCGGGGCAGUGCGGCGGCGCAGCUUUGGACGUUUUCGAGCAAGAACCUCCCACGGACCCGGUCACUUUGGAGCUGAUCCAGCAGAAUCAAGUGGUCGCCACGCCCCAUUUGGGCGCCAGUACAGCGGAGGCCCAGGUCAGGGUGGCCGUGGAGAUUUCCGAACAGAUUAUUGCUCUGACGGGAAGGAGUCAAGAGUAUACAGCGGUGCCCGGUGUCGUUAAUAGGAGCGUACUUGACAGUUUGAAGAAAUGAGUAGUCAUUUUUGUAGAUACAAACACCAAAUAAUAAUUUUUUUUUUCAAUAAAAAAUGAUUUCUUU